CCGUAGCUGCCUCAAAAUUUCAUCAUUCCUGCUGCCACAGCUUUGUCCAGAUCAGAAGCAAGCUUUUGGGAUGUUCGACGAGUGCAUGUUAUCUUACUCAAACACUUCAAUAUUAGACAACGCGGUAGUCUUCUAUAUGUGGGACGAACACUUGGCAAGAAAUUGGAAUCAGUACAAUCAGGUUCUUAUGAGUUUGCUGCGGACUUUAAGUAGCAUAGCUGCUUCUGGUGACUCCAGUCUAAAAUUUGCUGCAGGACAUGAAGAAGGACCUAACCUUCAAACCAUAUAUGCUGUUGUUCAGUGCACGCCUAAUUUGAGCGAGUCAGAAUGCAAAAGCUGCUUGCUUUGGGCCAUCUCAAAAAUUCCAGAGCGCGGUAAAGAUAGGCUAGCUCCGCCGACCCUACUGUCUCCUCCCCCAUCCACCAACACAACCUUUUCAUCACCUCCUCCAUCUGCCGCCACAAGAUCCUCGAAAGGAAAGAAAUCACAAACUAUCAUUGCCCUUGUUGUGUCAACUUCUGCAAUGGUUAUGCUGCUUAUCUUUGCUUGGAUCUGUGUAAGAGUGAGAAAGCAAGGAAGGAAAUCUCCAAAUGAUUCAACCGAACUUACUGAGGAGUCAAUACAAUUUGAAUUUGACACCAUCAAAGUUGCUACAAAUAACUUCUCUGAUGAAAACAAGCUUGGACAAGGAGGAUUUGGACCAGUUUACAAGGGCAUGCUCUUCGAAGGGAAAGAGAUAGCAGUAAAAAGGUUGUCUAGUAAUUCUGGACAAGGGGAUAUUGAAUUUAAGAAUGAAGUACAAUUAAUGGUCAGGCUUCAACACCGAAAUUUAGUUAGACUCCUUGGUUUUUGUUUGAAACAAAAGGAACGACUUCUAGUAUAUGAGCUUCUUCCUAAUAAAAGUCUCGAUCACUUUUUAUUUGAUCCUAUUAGACGUGCACAACUAAGAUGGAAAACACGUUACAAAAUUAUUGGAGGAAUUGCAAGUGGCCUUCUUUACCUUCAUGAAGAAUCUCAACAACGAAUUGUUCAUCGUGAUCUUAAAGCAAGUAAUAUUCUCUUAGAUGCGGAUAUGAAUCCUAAGAUUUCAGAUUUUGGCAUGGCAAGAUUAUUUGUUACAGAUCAAACUCAAGCCAACACAGACAGAGUUGCGGGAACCUAUGGGUAUAUGGCGCCAGAGUAUGCAAGACAUGGAAGAUUCUCAACAAAGUCUGAUGUCUUCAGUUUUGGUGUAUUGAUUCUAGAGAUUGUGAGUGGCCAGAAGAAUGGUGGCUUUCAUAAUUUGGAGAAUGUAGAGCAUCUACCAAGUUUGGCAUGGAAAAGCUGGAGGAAAGGCAAAGCCUCUAACAUUAUAGAUCCCACGUUAAGAGAUGGUUCAAGAAAUGAAAUAAUGAGAUGCCUUCACAUUGGUUUACUAUGUGUUCAAGAAAAAGCUGCAGACAGACCAACCUUGGCUUCCCUUGUGCUUAUGCUCAGCAGCCACUCCUUCUCACUUCAAGAACCCAUGAAACCUGCAUUUUUUAUGAAUGACACAAGUUUAUCUGGCAGAAACUCAAGGGAUUACAGAGCUGUGUCAACAAGCUCCAGCAAGAAAAAUAGUAAAUCUGCAGAAUCAUUAUCAGUGAAUGAGGCCUCAAUAACUGAUAUAUAUCCUCGAUAACUUGAGCUGUAGAGGUGACACUCUUGAUCAUAAUUGCUAGCGUAUGAGUUAUUCUGCCAAUAUAACUAAGUGCUUUUUUUGUUGAAGAAAAUGAUAGAAUUUUUUGAAUUGCAUAAACAGGAAAACAAUUGCAAUGUAUUUUAAUUCGGAAGUUCUCUGUAUUGUAAGUAGGGAAUGUCACAUCAUGGGACCAAUACGGAUAAAAACAGUAGUGAUUCUGAUUAAUAAGAAACACAGAGUCUUCUGAAAAA